CAUACACGACGCGAAUCUAGACGAGUACGAGCACGAGCACGUUUUUGUCACCGAUACAAACACAGGACGACACUCCUCGUGGCGUCACAAAUACAAAUAGGUGUAAGCCUGGAGUUUUAUCGCCCAAAAAGGGGGUCCCGCGUUCGCGGUGUAAGCGAGCUGAAAGUGUCGUGUUUUGUUACUGCCGCUUGUGUGGGGUACAUUUUUCACGGCUACUCACCGAUGAAAAUACAUGGUGCAAUUGCGCGUCGUCAUCGAUAGGUUUGAAUCUUAUUUGGGUUCUAGCUCGUCCGACUGUUGCGAGUGAUCCAGCUGACUGUGGAUUUUCCCGUUUUCGAGCGAGGCAGUCGCGCGAGAGACCUUGCCUCUUUGUUCGGUUGCCUCGUCGCGACGCUCGAAUGACUGUAAGAAGUUGUUUCCCGCUAGUGCAGUGUGAUGAUACUGUGAGUAUGAAUAAUGCGUGAAGAAGACAAGUAAAGGUUGUGUGCGCCGAUAGUUUUGUUGGACGAACGUAAAACUGUUCGUAGUGUUCUUUUAUUUGUUAUUAACAUAUCGAUCGGCGGAGGAAUACAUCACAAGUGUUGUGCCCUGUGUUCCGAGGAGUGCAGUGCAGCUUAAACGAGGAGCACGGCGUACGCUCGAAACGAUGCAACGGUUCUCUGUUUGAUCUGGUACGAGCGUCGUGCAGCGAGUCGUCUCGUCUCGUCUCGUCUCGUCCUCGAAAAGCGUUGUCUCUUCGUUCGUCCUUGCUCCUUCACCUCCCCCUCCGCGUAUUAUGGCCACAGUCAAGAUUCAGCCAAAGGAGGAGGUCGAUGAGGAACACGACCCGUUGCAACAACAAGAGGUGGUGGAACAGCAGCAGCAGCAACAACAACAACAGCAGCAGCAGCAACAACAGCAACAACAGCAACAGCAGCAGCAGCAACAAGAGCAACAGCAGCAGAAUGCUCAGCCCCAGAUUCGAUUUUUAAACGCAAAUGUCUUACAGCAGCUCCAACAGCAGCAGGUUGCGCAGCAACAACAGCAGCAGCAGCAGCACGAUGCGCAACAACAGCAGCAACAACAACAACAACCACAAGUCAUUACCUUGCAACAAUUACAAAACUUUGUGCCUUUGCAACACGCUCAACAAGACCAAAAUCAACAGAGGGCGCAAACCAUAUCAGUACAAGCUCUGCCGCAGCAGUUCUUACAAAAUGCUCAACUCGUCGGUGGCCAAACUCAAGGGACAUUGCAGCAUCAGUCGCAGCCGCACCAACAACAGCAGCAGCAGCAACAGUUGAGUUACAACGUGAUUCCACAGAUGCAAACGGUGAAUAUUGAUGGCCAAGAGGCCCUCUUCAUUCCAUCGUCGGCAAUGUCGGCAGCAACUACUCACCACCAGUCACAGCCGACGAUGCAAUUUGCAACAACAGGCGGGCAGCAGGUGCAGCUAGCCAGUGGGCAGACUCUCAUAACUCCGCAUCCCGUCAGCCUGAUCAGAGCACCCAAUGUUUUCCCCACUUCCAUCCUUCAAAACAUCGGUGGACAAACUGUCCAGUUGCCAACAGAUUCCAAGGCUAGCCUGGAUGUUUCAGGGCAGAGUGUGCAGGUCCGACCGCUACAGUUUCCAAUGCAACAAGUCCAACAAACGGUACCUGUUCAGGUUCCAGUCACAGUCAGCAACGGGCAAACUGUCUAUCAAACUGUACAUUUUCCUGUACAAGCUCUGUCUAAUGUAUUCAACAUGCCCACUACUCAAAUGAUACCGCAAAUCACUCAGCAAAUCCCGCAAAUGGCCCAAAUUAUUACACCCAAUGGACAAAUACAACAAGUACAAAUUGCAAAUUUGUCGCAGCUGCAAGGCUUACAGGGUCAGCAAGUUGCUCAACAAGUAGCUCAGCAAGUUGCGCAGCAGCAGGUUGUACAGCAAGUUGCUCAGCAGCAAACGCAGCAGCAGGUUGUCCAGACGGUUCAGCAACAACAAGUCGCACAAGCUCAGCAUGUGCAACAGCAACAAGUACAACAGGUUGUGCAACAAGUUAUUCAGCAGCAGCAGCAACACCAACAACAACAACAGCAGCAGCAGCAGCAACAACAACAACAUCAACAACAACAACAACAGCAGCAGCAGCAGCAGCAGCAGCAACAACAGCAACCACAGCAACAUCAAGUUCAACGUGUGCAACAAGUUUCAACGCCAGCCCCAACUGUGUCUACAUGGAGCACUUCAGUCAGCACGCCAAGUAAUGUUCAGGUGGUUGGAAUAGGAUCUCUUGGGAGGACAAUGAACGGUAACAUGUUGACGACGAAGGAUGGGCAGAAGAUUGAUGUUCAGACAUUGUCAACACUGACAAGGCAACCGGACAGUGUCGAAGGUGACCUCAAAGUGACCAAUAUCGACCCGAGUCACCUAGCCAACAGUCAAGUCAUUCACAUUCAAGCACCGCAAACCACUCAGUCUGCAAUGCAACCCAUUACCCUUACAGGUGCCCAGGGACAACAAUUAACGUUGAUACCAGCCUCUGCCUUGACCAACCUCACUUCGCAGGGCGGAAUGAUGAGGAGUGUCGGUAAUAACAUAAUGCAGCUCCAACCGACGGCUGGCAUGAAUGCAUCGAAUGGAUUUCUGCAGUCAUUUCCCGUACAAAAUAUCCCUGGAUUGGGAAACGUCCAGGUCAUCCCGGCCAGUGCCUUGCAGCAGGCCUCCAUGCAAUCGUUACCUUCAAAUCCAGCCGGGACGCAAAUUGUUACCGCUGCACCAACUGUUCAUAUCGAGGGAAACGAACCAUCCAAGUGGCAGAUCGUGCAAACGAUUCAGUCUGCGCCUGCGCCCAGCACUCCUGCCCCGCCAGCGCAGCAAUAUCAGGCAAGCACUACUGCGUCGGCGCCUGAGACUGAUCCAAACAAACAGCAUCGUAGACGAGUUGCCUGUACCUGUCCAAAUUGUGGCGAUGGCGAUAGAAACAGGGAUAUGACACGGAAGAGGCAACACGUAUGCCAUAUUCCGGGCUGCAAUAAGGUUUAUGGAAAAACAAGUCAUCUUCGAGCGCACCUGAGGUGGCACACUGGGGAACGGCCAUUCGUCUGCAAUUGGGUAUUUUGUGGUAAAAAGUUUACAAGAUCGGACGAACUGCAGCGACAUCGGAGGACACACACGGGAGAGAAGCGGUUUCAAUGCCCGGAGUGUACAAAGAAAUUCAUGCGCUCCGAUCAUCUCACUAAACACAUUAAGACUCACACAAAACUUCGCAGUGGGGAUGCCGAUGUCGAUGAUCCCGACAGAGAUCUAGAAGCAGAGGCACCCCAGGAAAAAUCUUGGCCUGUUAGUAUAAUAGCAAUUCACAGUGAUCUUCCAGCUUCUCAGGAGGCAGCAACAUCGACACAGGAAGGAUCAUCUGACAGUCAAUCGUCGAGUGAGGAGAAGAUGAUAAUCACCAUACACAAAGAAACUGAAUCGUCGGAUAUGAAGAUGAACUGAUCAUUGUUUGUAUCGUUAUUUUUUAACGAACUUAUACACAACACAGUAGGGUUCAGAAGCUGCGGCGCAAGAUUGUUCAUUCUGUGCUGUUAUGUUCUGUUCUCGCUUGUCGUUUCCAGACACUCUGAAUGUUGUUCUAGGAUUCUUUUAUUUCUUGAUCAGCGUCUUGAUAAAAUCCAAUCGAAUUACUCCCGCGGCAGCACCAAAAUACCGGGGCGUUUAU